ACAGACUGGGAGCGGGCGGGAGCGGGAGCGGGAGCGCGGCGGACGCCCCGGGCCGGCCCAGCCAGCGAGCGAGCGAGCCGCGAGCCGGGAGGAGGAGGGCUGCGAGGCGGCGAGCGGCAGAGGCGGAGGGAGCUGCUCAUCAAAGCUAGCGCGGCGAGCGAAGUUUGGCCGGGGGUUGGACUUUCCUUCCCGGAGGCGGCACCCAAACAGCUACCCCGUGCGGAAACCCAAACUUCUGCUGCCACUCGGAGUCUCGCGGCCGCCGCCUCCGCCCCGCGUUCGGGGCCUUCCCGACCCGGCGCCGCUGCCGUCCGCCCACCCGCCUGGCCGCCCUUUUCCCCGCCGUGGGAGCCGCUCCGGGCUCAGAGCGGCGCGCCGAACCCCGCAGGCUGCAGCGCGGCGGCCCGGCCCGGCGCCCCGGCAACUUCGCUGAGAGUUGAAGCGAAGUUUGGGUGGCCGAGGCCGGCCCGGGCAGAGCUCCCCUCUGCGCCCCCGGCGUCCCGCCUAGUACAGCCCCGCCGGGGGCGCUCCUCGCCGCCCGCGCGCCCUCCCCAGCCAUGUCGUCCAUCCUGCCUUUCACUCCCCCGAUCGUGAAGCGCCUGCUGGGCUGGAAGAAGGGCGAGCAGAACGGGCAGGAGGAGAAAUGGUGCGAGAAGGCGGUCAAGAGCCUGGUCAAGAAGCUCAAGAAGACGGGGCAGCUGGACGAGCUGGAGAAGGCCAUCACCACGCAGAACGUCAACACCAAGUGCAUCACCAUCCCCAGGUCCCUGGAUGGCCGGUUGCAGGUGUCCCAUCGGAAAGGGCUCCCUCAUGUCAUCUACUGCCGCCUGUGGCGAUGGCCCGACCUGCACAGCCACCACGAGCUGCGUGCCAUGGAGCUGUGUGAGUUCGCCUUCAAUAUGAAGAAGGACGAGGUCUGCGUGAAUCCCUACCACUACCAGAGAGUGGAGACACCAGUUCUACCUCCUGUGUUGGUACCACGCCACACAGAGAUCCCGGCCGAGUUCCCCCCACUGGACGACUACAGCCAUUCCAUCCCCGAAAACACUAACUUCCCCGCAGGCAUCGAGCCCCAGAGCAAUAUUCCAGAGACCCCACCCCCUGGCUACCUGAGUGAAGAUGGAGAAACGAGUGACCACCAGAUGAACCACAGCAUGGACGCAGGUUCUCCAAACCUAUCCCCGAAUCCGAUGUCCCCAGCACACAAUAACUUGGACCUGCAGCCAGUCACCUACUGCGAGCCAGCCUUCUGGUGCUCCAUCUCCUACUACGAGCUGAACCAGCGCGUCGGGGAGACGUUCCAUGCCUCGCAGCCAUCCAUGACUGUGGACGGCUUCACCGACCCCUCCAACUCAGAGCGCUUCUGCCUAGGGCUGCUCUCUAACGUCAACAGGAACGCAGCAGUGGAGCUGACGCGGAGGCACAUCGGAAGAGGCGUGCGGCUCUACUACAUUGGAGGGGAGGUCUUCGCAGAGUGCCUCAGUGACAGCGCUAUCUUUGUCCAGUCUCCCAACUGUAACCAGCGUUAUGGCUGGCACCCAGCCACCGUCUGCAAGAUCCCACCAGGAUGCAACCUGAAGAUCUUCAACAACCAGGAGUUUGCUGCCCUCCUGGCCCAGUCCGUCAACCAGGGCUUCGAGGCUGUCUACCAGUUGACUCGAAUGUGCACCAUCCGCAUGAGCUUCGUCAAAGGCUGGGGAGCAGAGUACAGGAGACAGACUGUGACCAGUACCCCUUGCUGGAUCGAGCUGCACCUGAAUGGGCCUUUGCAGUGGCUUGACAAGGUCCUCACCCAGAUGGGCUCCCCAAGCAUCCGCUGUUCCAGUGUGUCUUAAGAGACAUUGAGUAUGGUAGGGGAGGGCGGGCUUGGGGAAAAGGUCAUGCAGGAAGUUGAGAGAAUUGAAACUCUACUCAACCCAUUAUUGUCAAGGAAGAAGAAAUCUUUCUCCCUCAACUGAAGGGGUGCACCCACCUGUUUUCUGAAACACAUGAGCAAACCCAGAGGUGGAUGUUAUGAACAGCUGUGUCUGCCAAACACAUUUGCCCUUUGGCCCCACUUCGAAGGGCAAGAAACGGCUUCUGCUCUGGUGGCUUAAGUGAGCAGAACAGGUAGUAUUACACCACCAGCCCCCUCCCCGCAGACUCCUUUUUUGGUUGACAGCUUUCUGGGAUGUCACAGUCCAACCAGAAACGCCCUUCUGUCUAGGACUGCAGUGUAGUUCACCUUGGAAGGGCAUUCUAGGUAGAAAGAGCCCGCAGGGCCAUGCGGACCUCAUGCCCAGCUCUCUGAUGCUUGUGACAAUGCCUCUUCCAAUGAACAUUCCCAGCCUAGCCCCACCGCUCCAGCACACCCUGCCCCUCGUGAGCUGGAUGGACCUGGGGUGAGGAAAGGAGCUUGUCUCCCUCCCUCCCCUCUCAGAACAUACUGACUAGAAGGCGUGUGUUCAGCAGAACCUGCCCACAGGACAGCAGGAAACAUUGGUGAGCGCCACGGCUUUAAAAACUCUUAGGUUUUUCCUUUUUCACUUUGAAAAGUUGGAAGCAUCUGCUGAGUCCCAGUGCAUAUGCAAUGUAUAGUGUCUAUUAUCACAUUAAUCUCAAAGAGAUUCAAAUGAUGGUAAGUGUUCUCAUGAAAUAGGACGUUCUUGUCGUGGGAUGGCAUUUGGUUGCAGGCCCCACCACGCUGGGCGUGCGUCACCAGUCAGAGCUUGCUCCGGAUUCUGAUGCAAAUGGCUAUAUUGGUGGAUGUAGUCAGUUGCAUUAAUUAAAUCAACUUUAUCAUAUGCUCUUUUCAAUGUUUGGUUUAUACAUCUUCUUUAAAAAUCCUGGCCUGGCACAUUGACUGGGAAACCUGAGUUAGACCCAGCAACUGCUUCUCUCCCUUCUCUCUUCUAAGGUGAAGCUUUUCCAGGUUUUGUUGAAGGGACACCUGCUAGCACUUCUGGAAGCGGAAAUUUACAGAAGCACAUUCACCAGAAGGGAAACAUCUCAGGCCAACAUAGGCAACUGAAAAGGGCUAUCAAAAUAUUUUUACACCUUUGAAAAUUGCAGGCUUGGUACAAAGAGGUCUGUCAUCUUCCCCCUGGGAUAUAAGAUGAUCUUGCUCCCAGUAGAGGAUCAUCAGUGACAACUGUAGCAGUUAUAUUGUGUAAUAAGUACGGCUCCCAGUGGCAGUUAGGGAGAAAACUUAGUCAAAAUUACUUCAACUGGAAAAAAGAGCCCUCUUCUUUUCCCAGCCUUUUGCAAAACACGACAGACAGAACUGCCACCUUCAAUUGGUACUUUAUUCUUUGCUGCUCUUUUUGUGUAUAAAAUGACCUAUCCCACAUUUUUGCAUGGCUAUAUAGCAGGAAAAAUCAAGGGAUUUCCUAUGGAAGUCCUGCUUUAUUCCAGGUGAAGGGAAGGAAGUGUGUAUAAUUUUGGCAGGUUGUAAACCUCAAAUGUGAUGAGAUUUCUGACGUUGGAGGAAGAUGGACGGGCUUCCCAGUGCCCCACCUGCAGGAUCCUGUGCCUCUGAAGCUCUAGCCACAAGGUUUCCAGUUAGGAGAGCUGCUCCCCAAGCCUCCUGAGGACACAGGAAGAGACCGAAGGAGCACCUUGACAGACUCAAGUCUCCUUGAAGGAGUACUGACCCAGAACUCGGACAACACAGAACCCUUCACUUCCUCUCAGAGGGCCAAAUUCUGCAAGUCUGAAGCAUUUGCCUGGUGUGAAAUCAUCUGCGGCCUAUUUCUUGCACAGGGAGUCCCCGGAACAUCCUGUACAUGUGUUUCAUGCUCCCAGCCAGCUCUGAGACCCAGGACACAAAUAUUCCAUUUGCUAGAGCAGUCAUGGUCCCCCCUCCUAAAAGCCAUGGGCAGCAGUUUCCGAGGGCCUGCAUUCACCUGCUGCGCCAUCCUGUGAGGGCUUCUGUGGCACACAGCUCUCCAAGUGCCUGGGAACGAGCUUCAGCCGCAGCCUGAUUCUGGUGAUCCAGUGCAAGUCCUGUCUGAUUCCAGGUAAAGGGGGAAAAAAGUCUAUACUUUGUUAUAAACUUCGAAUGUGAUGAAAUGACAUGUUUGGCUGCAUUUGGAUGGUGUCUUAGAGCCCUCAUGCUUGGCUACUUGUAGGAGCAUGAAAUUUUGAGUUUUGCAUGUUUCCAAAGGCUACUUCCUUAGCCCUUUAUAGACUAGACCACCAGAGGAGGAUAUGUGAGACUGUAGGCAGAGCCACCUGUGGCAUCACUGAAAAUAAAUUUGAUCAUACCUAAGAGGUUAGGAAAUUGUGCCAUUUCCACCAUACAGUGCUACAUAGGCACUCUGGUAUAACAUUAGUGUCCUUCCUUGAAGCCACAAACUAGUUUAGUUCUAAAAUCCUGUUUUAUGAAUGGCAUUUGUAUAUUAGACUUUUUUAAAGGACAGCUGAAAGGGGCAAGAAACCGGGGCAGUGCUAGAGGAGUGCUGGUGGUGGCUAGAGUGGUUUUAAGGGGCGUUCAUCUAGGCAACACGAUCGCAUGUGUUGCCCCUGCCCUGGGCUCCCCGCCAUGACAUCUUCACCUUGUAGCUUGUGCUGACACUGACCUGAGUGUAGCUAGCAGUAGGACAUGGAUCCUUGUCUUCAGCCCCUUCCAAGGAGCCGAUUUUUACUCCCUUUCCUCUCUCCUUCCCAUGCAUGCAUAGGUGGCUACCCCGCCGGUGUGGAUUACAGGCCUGUGCUGGAACAUCCUUAGCCGGCCACCUUCCUGGCAGGCUGUAGACCUGACAUUUUGAGAUAAGCCUAGAGUCAGGAGCGGGGACUUUGACUCUUAGGGAGAGCACACAUGAGGGCAAAGCUGCUGGCAGACAUCUCCAUUGUCCUUAUGUUAUCUGUAUUUUUUAAAUGACCGUGGUGAUUAUUUUUUUUAAACCAUUGUUAACAUACCGAAGUGAGCUAUAGCACAUGUCGUGUGCUUAGUUUCUUUUUUCUCCAUCUCCCCUUGGCGUCCUAGAGUUUGGACAUAUUCCAGGGGAAAUGCUUUUACUCAGAUGACAGGAAGGUUUGUAGUAGUGUGUGCAUGUCAUGCACGUAUCUAUGUGAGUAAUCUGGGGAGGAAGCAAAGAUCUGUUUCAUUCUCAGCCUCAGGCUCCGUGAGGGUCUCCACAGGGCCAGAGCUCAGGUUAGACCACUCUCUUUCGUCCUGACAGAUGUAGGGAAAAGAAUCUGCAGGCUGCUUGUGGGACUGUUCACCGAGGGGGAUACCAGCAGCGAGAGGGCACACGUUUAGCCCUGGACCCUGUUUCUUAUAGUGUGACUUGGCUAGAGUUGGGAGGUUCCCCAAAAUAUGUGUCCUCACUUUACCAGAACAAAACCUCAACACAGCAAAGUUGUACUUUGUGUGGCAAAAAUGUUCCCUUGUAGGCCCCUUUCAGGUAACAGUCUUCACAGUGUAUUUCCAUCACCGUUUAAGGAGCAUCAGCCACUUCUCAAGUGGGAAGGGGAAGCAGAAAAAUGGAUGCAUGAGGACAUGGAUCCAAAAUGAAGAUGAAGCAUCUCCCACGGGGAGGUGGUGAGGAGACCAUGGACUAAACAGGCAAUUGUUCAAAAACACAGCUGUCAUGCAAAAAGCAGCUUGCCGCUCAUGUAAACUGGAUUGAGAAAUUCUCAGUGAUUCUGUAAUGGAUUUUCUUCUUUUUUAAUGCAGAUGUAUACUGUAUACUCUAGUAUGCUGGUGUUUUUAUAUUUAUGUAAUAAUUUCUUAAAACCAUUCAGAUAACUAUUUAAUUUUUUAAAGAAAGUUAGAAAGGUCUCUCUGCCCAAGGACAGUGGCUGGAAGAGCUGUGGCACAGCCAGUUCUGAAGGUUGGUGGAGGGUGUAGUGGCUUUUUGGCUCAGCAUCCAGAAACACCAAACCAGACUGGCUAAACAAGUGGCCACGUGUAAAAACAGGCAGCUGUGAGUCAAAUCUGGGCCCUUCCACAAGGGUCCUCUGAACCAAGUCCCCUCCCUUGCUAGGGGUUGAAAGCAUUACCCAGAGAGAUGGAACCGUCUUUAUCCAAGAAGCCUUCACUCACCUUCACUGCUGCUGUUGCAACUCGGCUGUUCUGGACUCUUACUUUGGUGUGUGUUGAGGGAUGGGGAAUAGAGCAUUGACUAUGUUGAUACCUUUACUAUUCAGCCGGCCUGACCUUUCAAUAUCUUUGUAAAAAGCAUGUAUGUAUUUAUAGUGUUUUAGAUUUUUCUAACUUUUUUAUCUUAAAAGCAGAGCACCUGUUUUAAGCAUCGUACCCCUAUUGUUAAAGAUUUGUGUCCUCUCGUCCCCUCUCUUCCUCUUGUUAAGUGCCCUUCUAAUAAACUUCAUGGAAAAGCUCCGUGCCAGGAGCUCAGUCUGA